AUGAAAAAAACUGCCAAUGCUAGCAUGGCCAUGCCACCUUUUUUUCAAAUUAAUGAUUCAUGUGAAUGUCUUGUAAUGUUGUUUCAGGUAGAAAAGUUGGCCAGAGGUAGCUUCUUCUUCCUUAGAGAGUCAUUCCCGUUUGAUGAAUCAAGCUUUGGUGAGUUGUCUGAUGGUAUCACUACUAAAAAGCCAAUGUUGACAUCAAAGCCCAUAUCAUAUGUUUUUGAGCUAUGCCCGCCUACUGAGAUUCAGUUAAGUGAUUACACAACUGUUCUUCGCCAGUGUCUACAUGACAUCCAGUAG